AUGGCCUUCAGCACAAGUCUGAGCCUUAUGGGCCUUGCGCUGCUCAACGGAGCAGCAAGUACAGCUUUCCUUGACAAGUUUCAGCUCCUGGAUGCCCUGAUUCGGUGGGAGCUGGCCCCCUGGCAGAGGCAGACCCUGGUCUCUCAAUUCGGGGAUCUCUCUGCCUGGGAUGUUUCAAGGUUGCAUGACAUGAGCUACUUAUUCGCAGGCCUCGCAAACUUUAACGAGGAUAUCAGUCGAUGGAACACCUCCUCAGUACGGAGCAUGGUUGGCAUGUUUUCCGGUGCCGCUCGCUUCAACCGGCCGAUUGGUGGCUGGGAUACCUCUGCGGUGAACAGUAUGGCGGGCAUGUUUGCUGGAGCAGCUCGGUUCAAUCAACCGAUUGGAGGUUGGGAUACCUCCGCGGUGGUGGACAUGAGUAGCAUGUUCCAAGAUGCCGAUUCUUUCAAUCAACCCCUCGCAGAGUGGAACACCUCCAGCGUCCAGUUGAUGAGAAGCAUGUUCUACAAUGCCACGGCUUUCAACGCCUCGAUCGGCACGUGGGAUACAGGUGCUGUCAGUGGCUUCAGCGGCAUGUUCUUCAGCGCGGCAUCCUUCAAUCAGCCGCUCCUGACGUGGAAUACCAGGUCCGCCGUGGACAUGGUCGCGAUGUUUGCUGGCGCAACGAAGUUUGACCAGCCCAUCGGAGCUUGGAUCACCUCUGGUGUUGUGGAUAUGAGUCAAAUGUUCGAAGGCGCUGUCACUUUCAAUCAGGAUCUUCAGUCUUGGGACACCUCUGCGGUACGAAGUAUGAGGAGCAUGUUCUUCUAUGCAAGUGCCUUCAACCAGCCAAUAGGCUCUUGGAACACGUCAGCGGUGGUGAACAUGAAGGAGAUGUUCUCAUCUGCGACUGCUUUCAACCAUCCCAUAGGCAACUGGGACACGUCCUCGGUCGUAGACAUGAGCUACAUGUUUUCAUCCAUGAACUCCUUCAACCAACCUCUUGAAGCCUGGGAUACAUCGGCAGUGAAGAACAUGUCCUACAUGUUCUUCAAGUCGAUUGCUUUCAAUCAAGCUCUCGAGAGGUGGAAUACCUCGGCGGUGGAGGACAUGAACCACAUGUUCUUCGAUGCCAAUGGGUUCAACCGGCCCAUUGGCACGUGGGACACGUCCUCGGUGAAAGACAUGGGGGGGAUGUUCUACUACAACAGGGUAUUCAAUCAACCUAUUGGGUCAUGGAACACGUCAAGGGUCACGAACAUGCUGGGCAUGUUCGGUCACGCAGAAUCCUUCAACCAACCACUUGGAGCCUGGGACACAGGUGCAGUCGAAUCUAUGACUACGCUGUUCUACUACGCCACUUCCUUCAAUCAGCCAAUUGGCCAAUGGAAUACGCACUCCGUAAAGGACAUGUUGGCCAUGUUCCUAUUUGCCAGUCAGUUCGACCAGGCCAUUGGCAGCUGGAACGUUUCCAAAGUUGAGGACAUGAGCCGCAUGUUCCACUCUGCGAGCAGCUUUAACCAAGACAUCGGAAGCUGGGACACCUCCGCAGUGAAAGAUAUGAGUGGGAUGUUCAUGAAGGCAAGCUCCUUCAACCAGCCAAUAGGCUCUUGGAACACCUCAGCGGUCGUGAACAUGAAGGAGAUGUUCUCAUCUGCGACUGCUUUCAACCAGCCCAUCGGCAACUGGGACACGUCCUCCGUCGUAAACAUGAGUCACAUGUUCGAAGGCGCGCACUCCUUUAAUCAACCCCUUGGGCUUUGGGACACCUCUUCUGUGAAGAUCAUGUCCUACAUGUUUCAGAUGGCUUCAGCCUUCGAUCAGCCUUUGGGCAGCUGGAACAUCUCAGCUUUGUCGGAGGAUGAGGCCGGAGGCGACCCAAAGUUCUUCUUUGACUCCAUCUCCGGGUCCUCGAUUUCGUCGUGUGUUCGAUCUUCCAUGUACCGCUCUUGGAACAUCUCAACCGCCGUUGGCGGGUACCUGAUUCACGCGGACUACAACGCAUGCCCCAGCUGCGACAGCAGGCUUUGUCCGCAGACCUCUCUGGCUUGUGUCCAAGAGAGGUGCCGGCCUGUGAAUUCCGGCUAUGUGGAGCUUGGGAGGAAGAGUUUGGCAAAGAACUGCACGACCCGAAUUGCUGGAGGCUUUCGGCAGUGCGCUCAGCGCUGUUCGGCAUCAGAAUGCUCCGGCUUUGCAUUGGAUGCGCCUGACUGCUUGCUCUACAACUGUGAUUUGCUCAGCGUGGGUGCUGGUAGCUACGAGUCGUACUUAAAGCAGAGCUGUGGAAGUUUCACUUGCCCGGCUUCCAGCUACCUUGCUGACAGUCCGAAGUCUGGGGACGUCAAUCCCGCAUCCUGCUGCACUUGCUCCUCUCCCAACAUGGUGGGCAGAAUGGAGGGGCCCGAGUUUCGCUGUGUGACGUGUCCCGCUGGGCACGCUCCGGACGUCAGCCAGGUGACCUGCGUCGCCUGUGCGCAUAGGACCUAUGCAGCUCUUGGUGCUUCCGCUUGUCAGGCGUGCCCAAAAGGCUUGAAGGCGGUCCCAAAUCGAACUCACUGUGAGAGAUGCCCUGCCGGGAUGUUUGCGUCCAAGUUAGACACUUGUGAGACGUGCUCUUUCCCACUGGUCUUGUAUGACGAUGGCUGCAUCUGGUGGCACAUGCCCCUCAUUGUCGUGGGCUGCGUCCUCCUGGCCGUGUGUGUCCGAACUCUGGCCGGUGCCUGGGCGCAGCACAAGAAGACGAAGGGCACGGAGAGAGAGGAGACCUUGCGGUGUUUUUUCUCUGAGUUGGAAGAGCAGCUCUGGGAGCACGACGAGCCCAAGAUCUUGCACCGUGGUGGUGACCUGGGCCUCACGACCGAGGCUUUGGCAGAGCGGAUGCAAUCCAUCCGGAAGCGGCAGAGCCUCGAAGCAGGUGUGGGCCUGCGCUACCUGCUGUCCCCCGAUGGCUUUGCAGCUGUAGUGCGGCAGCGCAUGACAGAGCUGGAUCCCACGUUCAACGACAUGAAGCCCGUUUUCUGGCUCAAAGAGAACGGCGUGAGGCCAAUUGGUGAGGAUGUGCUGUGCCCCCGAGACGGUCGCCCCGGCUGUGCACUAGUGGAUUGGAUCCCACGACAUGCGCGAUAUCAGGCCUCUCACUUCAUGUCUUGGACUUGGCAGUAUCACCUGGGUCAGGUCCAAAGCGCUCUUGAGAUGUGGGUGGCUGAGCAUUUCAAUCAUCCGAGUGCGCACAGCGAAAGAGUAUUCUUCUUCAUGUGUUUCUUUACGAAUAAUCAGUUUAGAGUAAUCGUCGAGGGGCUUUCCUCGGGCAGUGAUGAUCUGGAGAACGCCUUUCGAAGCAAUCUCACGCGGAUUGGCCAGAUGGUGGCCAUCCUUGACCACUGGAAACAGCCACGCUACUUGACUCGAGUUUGGACUAUCUAUGAGCAGUUCAUCGCUUGCUCCUUGCAAGUGCCGGUGGUCUUCAUCCUGCCACAAUCCUCCCAAGAGUCACUCAAGACGCAAGUGUGCCUCGGUGAGACGGGCAUCCGGCUGGUAACGGAUUGUCUCAGCCGUGUGGACUCCGCCGGAGCAGAGGCCUUCUACAAGGAGGACGAGGACAGAGUGAAAGCUGCCAUUCGUGAUGACGUUGGUUUCGAGGCGGUGAACAAGCACGUGACACGCGUCAUGGUGCGAUGGAUCGGCAGCGUGGUGCAAAGCCAAUUCCAGGAGUUGAUUGAUGAGCGCGCCAGUGGGCCUGUUUGA